GGUUGAAACAAAAAAAAAAAUCACAUCUCCCGGACCUGACGUUCAUCGGCUUCUCUCCUCUCCUGCAAAACGGUAUCAGAACCUGCCAUGGCAGAAUCUAGAGGCAAUGCAGCUCCAACAUCUACUGCAGAUGUGAAAGAUGUAAAAGCACCAAAUUUGAUUGAGCGCGCAAAGGAAGAGAUCGAGGCUAUGAUUCACCACGAUAAAAAGCCUCACCAUCACAAGGAAACUCAUGGAACUAGUGAUGACAUUGAUGAAAGCACUCCAGUUGAUGAAGUUAAGAGCCCAAAUGUAUUUGAACGAGUUAAGGAAGAAAUCGAGGCAGUUGUACAAAGUAUCAACCCCAAGAAAUGAUCUAGCUCUUGUUAAAUUAUCUCUUCUCAUGUCAUUAUUUAGCAAUACUGGUUUCCCUGUUUCCUUCAGAUGUGCAAUAGCUAGUUGCUAUGUAUAAAUAGUACUGAUUCCUUGGUGUUUUCAUGGAAGGGGUUGCUAUUGACAACAAUUGAUGUGUAAUGAUCUUUUAGAAGGAUCCUUGCUGAUUUUUUUAAAAAUAAAUUGUGGUAUUCGAGCUA